AGUACGCGUAAGACCGUAGGACAGGCAGUGACGCUGGACGCUAGGACGUUGAACAGACGUCAUAUGACAUUCGCGUCGGGUGCAAGAACUAUUCUUUUAAAUCAAGAGGGACAUGUGCUAUCUAUACGGUGGCUGUUAGCGCGACUCAUAUGAGAGAAAUAUUGCGCGUAACAUGGCAAAAGACGAAGGAGACGAUCUCUUGCCGGACAAGGACGCGGCCAAGGGAUUCUACGCGAAGUACGAGCCCAAAGAAAUCCUUGGAAGAGGAAUAUCUUCUACUGUGAGAAGAUGCAUAGAGAAAGAAACAGGUACAGAAUAUGCGGCCAAAAUUAUAGAUAUUAGUAAUGAAACUAAUGAAGAUGGCCAUACUAUGAAGGAUGCUACAUUACAGGAAGUACAAAUUCUUCGUAGAGUAGCAGGUCAUCCUUAUAUUAUCGAAUUACACGAUGUUUUUGAAUCUAGUACAUUUAUAUUUUUAAUCUUUGAAAUUUGUAAAAACGGUGAACUUUUUGACUACCUCACGUCUGUUGUAACUCUCUCAGAGAAAAAGACACGUUACAUUAUGAGACAAGUUUUCGAAGGUGUUCAACAUGUACAUAAUCAGGGGAUAGUGCAUAGGGAUUUAAAACCAGAAAAUAUAUUACUUGAUGAUAAUUUAAAUGUAAAAAUAACUGAUUUUGGGUUUGCUAGACUAUUGAAAACUGGUGAUAAAUUAUAUGAUGGGCCUGCGGAGUAAUUAUGUUUACUUUGUUAGUCGGUUGUCCUCCCUUUUGGCAUAGAAAGCAAAUGGUUAUGCUUAGAAAUAUAAUGGAAGGGAAAUAUUCAUUUACAUCUCCAGAAUGGGCAGAUAUAACAGGAAUUAAAGGCAAAAUCAUUUAAUGCAAGAAAAAGGUUCCAGUUAGCAAUUCUUUGUGUUCGUGCGGUCGUUCGCAUCAAGCAUCUUCAUAAUACGCCUGAACCUCUUUCGACUCACGUGGCGUGUACUGAUCCUUAUAGAAUCAAAAUCUUGCGGAAGGUUAUCGAUGGUUGCGCAUUCAGAGUAUACGGUCACUGGGUAAAGAAAGGAGAAGGGCAAAAUCGAGCUGCUCUUUUUGAAAAUACGCCAAAGACAGAACUUAAACAUCUCUACGUUAGUAAUUUGAGCAGAUAACUAAUGCUUAAAUGAAGCAUUAUUUAGUUAAAAUUGUAUCUUCUUAUGCUAGUUGACAUUUACAGUAUCUAAAAAAAAUAUUCAGUAAGAAAAAACGAAAAAAAUAAAUAAUUUAAAAAGGUAAAAAGGUAAAACACGUAUAGAAAUUUUUUUUGUUUUUAAUAGUAAUACCAUUGUUUUUAAAAGAUCUUUAUGAUACUAUAAAGUAUUCAUAG